CGGGGCUUGCCGUGGCUCCUCCCCCUCAGACGGUCAGUCCGUCAGUCAGUCCGUGAGUGUUCUCCUCACCGUCUUUCUCCUCAGCGAUGGCGCUGCUCUUCUUAUUCCUCCCGAAGGCCUCGGGCCCGGCGGCAUGACCGCGGGGGCGGGCCACGUCGGGGCCCCCUCAGCCCCGUCUGCGGCCUCUCCCUGGGGGGGCCGGCGCGGGCGGGCGCUGCUGGCGGUGGGCCUGAACCUGCUGGCGCUGCUCUUCUCGGCCACCGCCUUUGGCACCACCCACUGGUGCGAGGGCACCCAGCGCGUGCCCAAGCCCACCUGCGGGCCCCUCGCGCGCACCAACUGCCUCGACUAUGGCUACCGGGAGGAGGAGGAGGCGGCGGCGGCGCGUCUCCAUGGCAACGGCAGCGCCAACGCCUCGGCCCCGCACGGGCCCUCCGACAGCGUGGUCCACUACAGCUGGGAGACCGGCGACGACCGCUUCCUCUUCCGCUACUUCCACGCCGGGAUUUGGUACUCCUGUGAGGAGAACAUCAACGACCCCGGUGAGAAAUGCCGGAGUUUCAUUGAUCUUGCGCCUGCGUCUGAGAAAGGAGUGCUGUGGCUGUCAGUGGUCUCGGAGGUGCUGUACAUUGUCCUCCUGGUGGUGGGCUUUAGCCUCAUGUGCCUGGAACUCCUCCACUCCAACAACGUCAUCGAUGGGCUCAAGCUCAAUGCGUUUGCAGCCGUUUUCACCGUCCUUUCCGGGUUGCUGGGGAUGGUGGCCCACAUGAUGUACACACAGGUAUUCCAGGUGACGGUCAGCCUGGGGCCGGAGGACUGGCGCCCACACUCCUGGGACUACGGCUGGUCAUUCUGCCUGGCCUGGGGCUCCUUCACCUGUUGCAUGGCGGCCUCCGUCACCACCCUCAACUCCUACACCAAAACUGUCAUUGAGUUCCGGCACAAGCGCAAGGUCUUUGAGCAGGGCUUACCUGAGGAGCCCCCCUUCGUCACCCAUCACCAGCCCCUCAAGUACUUUCAUGGAAGGAAUGCGCACCACCCAGCUGUGACCCUGCAGAGCAAUGCCAGUGGCCGAGGGCUCCCCCCAGCCCUUUCUGGGGGCUCCUCCACCAACACAGCGGCCUCCUCCGCCCCCUCCUCCCCUUCAAUGCCCUCUGAGCCCAGCAGCCAGCCCUCCUCCUCCUCCUCUUCACCAGAAGUAGCCGUUUCCCCAGGAGCCCCGAACACGACUGCCAAGGAGCCCAGAGUCACAGCCCCUCUGCACCCAGGGAUGGCGAGACCCGUACUCCAGGCAGUCGCUCCCCACAGACCCCAGCUGGCCUUCCAGGCUGCCACCCUUCCCAGUCACGGUGGCCAUGGCUCAGGGGCCCUUCCUAAAUGCCCCAGAGGCACUCCCCACCUGGAAGGAUCUGCCAAGAGGACAGAGAAGCACCUGGAACUGAGGACAGAAGAGGGAGACCUGAAGAGGGGCCUUGUGACCCGGAAAGAGUUCCUGGCGGUGGAGCAGGAGCUGGCGGAGGUGCGAGAGGAGCUGCGGUGCCUGCGCUGGAAAGUGCGCCAUGUCGGGGAGGCAGGCCAGCUGCAACCGCAGCAACCACAGGCACCCUGUUUGGAGGAAAGCAAGCGCUACAACGGCCACACGCUGCGGGAGCUGAGGGCCAUGGUCCGGUCAGAGGGGGACCCCCAUAGGGCCGCCCACAAAGUCCUCCUGGCCCUAUUCAGCGACGCCUGCCUGCGUCAGACGCCCCAUAACCAGCACUGGAGCCCCAACACCCGGCCUAGCCCCCGGCCUGACCCAGGGGAACUCUAUGCGGUCUACUGCCACCUGCUCCGGAGCGCCUUCUCCAGCCCCAAAGAGAGGGCCCAGUCUUUCUAGAGCUUCUCUGCCUGCCCCACAGAUGAACAAAGCACGGGCUCCCUCUCCAGACUGGGUUGCCCACUGCAGCCUUUUGUAGGGAACAGCCCCCACCAAAUACAGCACUGUUGUCUUUGUCUUUCUA